AUGGUCCGGGAGGGCAGGGACCCCUGGAGAGGCGUCUGCAGUAAUGGCCCAGUUCCCAUGCUUCAGGGGCAGCAGGGCCGCCUUCUCCUCCUCCUCCAGCUGUUGCUGGUGCAGCUGUUGCGCCCAGCCAGCCGCGCCCUGGGCGCCCCGGUUUCAGAUGUCUGUGCCACUUGUCAUGAACAUGCCACCUGUCAGCAGAGAGAUGGAAAAGAAAUCUGUAUCUGCAAUUAUGGAUUUGUGGGCAAUGGGAGAACGCGGUGUCAUGAUAAAGAUGAGUGUCAAUUUGGAGCCACUCUGGUCUGUGGGAACAAAACAUCAUGUCAUAAUACACACGGAGGCUUUUAUUGCAUUUGUCUGGAAGGAUAUCGAGCAACAAACAACAACAAGACAUUCAUUCCCAACGAUGGCACUUUUUGUACAGUUGUGGACUGUGGGAUUCUUCCUUCAUUCCCAAAUGCCUAUCCAACUCUUCAGAGCAACACCACAUAUGGAAGUCGAGUUGUGUACAAAUGCCAGAAGGGGUAUGUGCCAGAGACCAGCAAUCAUGUUGUUUUUUGCAACGCCCAAGGACAAUGGGAAGGCCCAUCUCUCAUUUGCAGAGAGAUAGAGUGUGGCAGCCCGCCGGUGAUCCAGCAUGCCAUCCUUGUGGGGAACUACAGUUCUACUGUGGGAAGUCUGGUCUACUAUACUUGUGUGGAUGGCUUUGAGAGCCCUGGAGGGCCCCUCACCUCACUUUGCACAGCAGAAGGUACCUGGAGGAAAACUGCCUUCCAUUGCACAGAAACAAAGCCAUUGAUUUCAAAUGUGUCUGUGUUUAAUGAUACCUGUUUGAAGUGGAGGACAAGCCCAGGAAGAGUGGACUUGAAGAUGGUAUAUCUGAUACACAUUCAAGGACAGCAAGAAGAUCAGACAGAACUUGUUCAUGAGGAUUUGUUGAACCUGACCACAAGCAGCCAGGAGCCUGAGGUCUGCCUGCAUCUGUCUCAGGGUACCAACUAUACGGUGACCAUCCAGAUGACCUUCCCUAAGCUGUCUGUGCCUGUUACUGUCAGCAUCCAAACAGCUGAUGAUGAUGGGUCCUUCAAUGUCUCAGUAUUUAAUGAAACCUGUUUGAAAUGGAAGAGGCGUUCUAGAGAUGCUAUAGAAGAGCAAAUGUACCAGUUUCAACUCCUAGGACGAAGAUGGUAUCAGAAUAACUUUUAUCAUGCAGCAUCAUUUAACUUUACUACAAGGGAAAGAUUUCCAGAGGUGUGUUUAGAUUUAUACCCAAGAACUUGUUACACAGUAAAUAUCACCACCAUGGCAUUUCCAAAACACUUGGCACACAUCAUCAUAACAACACCAAGAUCAGGAAAACAAAUCAUCAGUAACAUUUCAGUUCUUAAUGAAACCUGCUUGAGGUGGAAGAGAAAUGAGAAGAUGGCUGAUUCAGAGGAGAUGUAUUUAUUCUACAUAUGGGGCCACCGAGGCUAUCAGAAGGAAUUUGAGCAGGAAGUAUCCUUUAACCUGACCACUGGCAGUCAGGCUCCUGAAGUGUGCCUAGAACUGUAUCCAGGCACCAACUAUACUGUCAACAUCACGGCUGCCUCCUCCGGACUCCCUGUGCUGGUGUCCCUCAUGACUCAGAUAACUGAGCCUCCCAUCCCAGAAAUAGAAUUUGUUGCAGUACACGGAGGUCCUUUACCACCCCUGAGUUUGUGGAAAGCAGAGGACAGAAAUGGACCCAUCAGUUCCUACCAAGUGUUGGUGCUACCCUUGGCUCUCCGAAGCACAUUUCCCUGUGAUUCUAUACAGGAUACCACUUUCUUUAGCAAUGGCUCAAGUACCAGUGGUUAUGUGGCUGCAGAAUUCCUGGCCAAAGACGUCUCUGAUGUCCAAGAGAUCUCCCUUGGAGACAGACUAUACUACGGGAAGUUUUAUAAUGCACCCUUGAAACCAAGAAAUGAUUACUGCAUUAUAGUGAGAAUCAUCAGUAAAUGGAAUCAGGUGAGAAGACAGUCCUGUGUAGUUUGGGCUGAAGUGAAAGAUUCAUCUCUUACUUUGCCACAAAUGAUGGGUGUUGGAUUUGGAUCCGUGGCUGUUGUGGUCAUCUUAGUGCUUCUCUCUUUCUCCAUAGUAUGGUAUGUGAUAUUGGCAUGUGUGGGAAACAGAUUGGAAUUGAACACAUAA